GAAGUGGCGUAAGGCUAGAAAAUGGCGUCCUCAAAGCCUAUGGAUCGCUUUGGUUUGUUAGCCGUCUGAUGUUCAGCAGAACUGGGACUCUGGCUGACGGCUAACUUACACCAUGGCAGUAGAUCACCGCAGUCCGCUUCCUGCGUUACGGAAUUGAACCCGGAACUUAAUGUCCGAAGGAACGCGAGCGUCCUGGUCCAAGAGGGCUUGUUGUGGGGAUUCUCAGCGCGGAGAAGCAGGUAAACACAAAGAAAGGAAAUGCGAGCGGCCCCUUAGAGCUCAGACAUCAGAAGCUGUGAGUGCUCGCCAGGGCUCUAAAAGGUGAUUGCAGCUGACAAGGGACGUUGCAAGCAUCAGCUGGACAUACGGGGCAUUGCCCUCUGAUUGCUGGGUUGCAACCACGUGAGCUUUCUGUGAUCAGAUGGCGGUCAAACAAUGAAUAUGACCACAUGCACACUCAGGAGCUUCGUACAAUGUUUGGCAGAUUAAAGCUAAUAACGGUGCAUGUUGUUGAGUUAAUUUCGUUUGCGCCAAUUGUGUGAGUGUGCAUGGUGUGUUGCAUGAAGACAUGAAAUAGUUGAAAACAAGGUGAUCAAACAGCCGUGAACUCUUCAGACAUAAUAAAUGUAUCGGAUGAAAAUAGCGCUUUUGGCAUGUCUAUCUGCAUUCUUACACCAAGUCAGUCUGCAUGAGUGCACUGUUUAAUGUAUCCAUCAUUUUGCUGCACUGUUUUUCCAAGGGAGUAUUAAUCGAAUAAUUAAUUUGAUCUAAGAAACGCGAGCGCGACCUGGUUAAGUUGCUUCCGAGUCGCCUACUGUUGACAUGAGCGGUCCAUAUGUGCUACUAGAUCCUAUGGCUCUGCCAGAACAGCGGUUUAUUUCAAGUAAUGUUUGUUUUAAAAAGGUGAAGGUGUGUGUUCUCGCAGUUUUUCCCCCUUUAUGGUGGACUAUCUUAGUAAUAACUUUUCCAGAAACCCCUAUUUGAACGUUUUACACAUGUUCCACAGUUUGUUCUGACGUUACAUGACUUCUAGCUACGAAUACGCUUAUUUGCCCCCCGUCUGUUUGAGCCCGUGACAACAGCAAACAGACGUGACGUUACGUGCAACCCAGCAAUUGGCUCGGACAACCCCCUCUGACAUGCCCGUGGCCAAUCAGAGAUGUGAUAUGUCGGGGGCGGAUGUGGAGGUAUAUCUAUCCCAGGUGCAUGAUGGGAGUGUGUCGUCGGGCUUCCGGGCUCUCUAUGAGGAGCGUCUGCUGUUGGACGUCACGCUCACGAUCGAUGAGCAUCACUUCCAGGCCCACAAGGCACUUCUGGCCACCCAGAGCGACUAUUUCCGGGUGAUGUUCACAGCCGACAUGAGGGAGCGGGACCAGGACAAAAUCCACAUGAAGGGGCUUACGGCAGCGGGUUUUGGGCACAUUCUCCGCUUCAUGUACUACGGCUCGCUGGAGCUCAGCAUGCCCACCGUGCAGGAGAUCUUACAGGCGGCCAUGUACGUGCAAAUGACUGAGGCAGUGGAGUUCUGCUGCUCCUUCCUGCUGGCUAAGAUCUGCCUGGAGAACUGUGCUGAGGUCAUGCGCCUCCUGGAGGACUUCAGUGUGGGGGUGGAGGGCGUCCAAGAGCAGCUGGACAACUUCCUGCUCGAUAACUUUGUCCCUCUCAUGAGCCGACCCGACUUCCUGUCCUACCUCAGCCUGGAGAGACUGCAGGCGUAUCUGAAUAGCGAUGCUCUGAGCCGCUACCCGGAGAUUGAGCUGUAUGAAGCCGUCCAGUCAUGGCUGAGACAUGACCGGCGGCGGUGGAGACACACAGACACCAUCGUGCAGUCCAUCCGCUUCUGCCUCAUGACUCCUGCAAACAUCUUUGAGAAGGUGAAGACAUCAGAGUUCUAUCGUUACUCCAGGCAGCUGCGUCAGGAAGUGGAGCAGGCCCUCAGCUACUUCCAUGACGUCAACCAGCAGCCUCUGGUGGAGACGCGCUCUAACCGCAUCCGCUCGCUGCGCCCGCAGACGGCAGUCUUUAGGGGGAUGAUUGGUCACAGCAUGGUCAACAGUAAGAUCCUGCUGCUGCAGCGCCCCAAGGUGUGGUGGGAGCUGGAGGGGCCUCAGGUGCCAUUGCGGCCUGACUGCCUGGCCAUUGUGAACAACUUUGCCUUCUUGUUGGGAGGGGAGGAGCUUGGGCCGGAUGGAGAGUUUCACGCUUCGUCCAAAGUCUACCGCUAUGACCCCCGUCAGAACUCGUGGCUGCGCAUGGCGGACAUGUCUGUGCCCAGGUCAGAGUUUGCUGUUGGCGUCAUCGGAAAGUUUAUCUAUGCGGUAGCAGGCCGCACGCGAGACGAAACCUUCUACUCCACAGAACGCUACGACAUCACUGAGGACCGCUGGGAGUUUGUGGACCCGUAUCCCGUCAACAAGUAUGGUCACGAGGGAACAGUUCUUGGUGGGAAGCUCUACAUCACGGGCGGCAUCACGUCCUCGUCCACCUCCAAGCAGGUUUGCGUCUUUGACCCGGGACGGGAAGCGGGAGGGGGUGGUGGGAGCUCGGACUCACAGAGGACGCGCGGUGGUCGUGGCCCGCUGCUGCCCGGCUCCCACGCCAGCUGCUGGGAGAACAAAUCCAAAAUGAACUACGCCCGCUGCUUCCACAAGAUGAUCUCUCACAAUGGGAAGCUGUACGUGUUUGGUGGUGUGUGCGUGAUCCUGCGAGCGUCCUUUGAGUCGCAAGGCUGCCCGUCAACUGAGGUUUAUGACCCUGACACAGACGAGUGGACCAUCCUGGCCUCCAUGCCAAUUGGACGCAGCGGUCACGGCGUGGCCGUGCUGGAGCGACAGAUCAUGGUGUUGGGCGGCUUGUGUUACAGCGGCCACUACAGUGACUCCAUCCUCACUUUUGACCCAGAUGAGAACAAGUGGAAGGAGGAUGAGUAUCCCAGGAUGCCUUGCAAACUGGACGGUCUGCAGGUUUGUAGCCUGCACUUCCCAGAGUACGUGCUGGAGCAUGUCAGACGCUGCAGCUGAGGUCUGCUCACCAGAGGACCCCCUUUUAUUGUUUAGAAGUGUCCUCCUGAUGAGAGGAGCUGUUUGCUCCCAUGGCGGAAGCGCAGCAUCAGCACCGCUCGAGGCCCUGAGAGCACGGUGUAGAGUCAUCAGGGUUCUAAACACUUUUAGCUUUUUUAAGAAAAGGUGAGGAAAAAACGUGCGGAAAAAACGGUCUGAUUCUGCUGGUUUCUGGUUUGGACUGUGCUCAAUUUUCUAUUCUACACUCGUACUCAACACACUGGAAGCUCAACUUGGACUCCACAGCCUCAACAAUCACAAGGCAGGCAGCAUCCUUUUAUAUGUCAUCAGUAAGCUUGUAGAAGCCAUCAGCAGAACAACCUGACUCACUGAAUGAGUGCAGCUACUUUUGUCCUCUCCUCAUGUGCACACACACAUUACUGGUAGUAUUAGCAGAUGUUUGGGCUUCCAGUGCGUUCCAGUGACGUGCAACACAUUGCGCGUCCCACUCGGACCAUUAGGAUUUGUAAACACGAGUUCAGUUCCUCUCAUCGACAUUGCCCGCCUCCUUGUGGUUCUCCUUUGUGUUUGUUUUGAAGAACACUUUCAGAUCUUCAUGGGAAGAUCAGCAGUCGGUUUGCCCACCAGCAGUCGCCCUUGUCGUGCUUUAGGGCCACCCAGCUCCGUUUAUUUGUGCAAAGGGCUCAGCACUUUCUGAUGCAGUGUUUUUUUUUGUUUUGUUUUGUUAUUUAUUUAGCAAGCUAUGCAGUAAGUGUGUCGGGUUAUUUAUUGUUAGGAGUGGGGAUUGGAAACAAGGCUGGUAUGAUGAGACGUACUUUUAAAAAAAAAAAAUUUUAGUUUAUUGCAGAGUAGGGCUGGCACAUUAUGUGAUUGUUUCGGGCCACAACCACCUCCGUGUGGGGUGGGGGGGGGGGCUACAUGAUCAGAGAGGCUUUGACCACAUUCAAGUCAAUAUAGAUGUGCACUGUUUAUAUUUUCAAUGACUCGUGAAAUUUGGAGCCUUGGUUCAAUUUGAUGAUAAACUUAUAAACUAAAACCCUAGUAAUAUUAAAGACUGGAUUAGGGCCACAAACAAAAUGUUGUUUAGGGCCACAAAAAGCCUAGACUGUUGCCAAGAUGCCUCCUCCUUUUUUGAACACCACAUCACCUUUGGUCAAAUCCUGAGAUUUAGGAAGAAAGAUAAUACUGUACAGAAAAAUCAUCUUUAGCGGCUUUCAGGAUAAGAUUUUCACACAUGCUGCUUUGUAACCAUGGUGUCAUCUCGGCAACAUCCUGCAGCUGUACAGGCUUCCUUUUCAUCCCAUGCAUUGAUCAGAUUUUUUUGUUUUUUGUUAACAAAUUCCACACGGUCUCAUCUUUUUAUUUAUUUCAUUUAAGCUAUUAUAAGGUUCUAGAACAUUUCACAUUACUCAUUUUGUGUGUCCAAAUCAUUGUCACUACUGUUAUUUUCGCAACUAUGCACUUUUUUUUUUUAAACUGAUCAUUUUAUACAUGCUUACUUGCUGUUUAAAAUGGCCACAGAAGUGUCAAAAUGCCUGUUGAGGAAGGUAUUGUGUGUGUGUGUGUCUAUGGUUGUGCGUGCCACCCUUUUGUUUUGCUGUCAAAGAAAUGUGAUCAAGUGUGACAUUGCCGAGUCGCAGCAUCCUUUAGUCUGUCAGUAUAGGCAAAAAGAGUAGAUGAUUUAAAACAAAAAAACUUCUAUACACACACAGUAUAUACAUAUAUAUACACAGUACAGUACCUUGAUACUAUGACUGCAACCAAAAACAGAAGGUAGAAGAAAAUGAACUUGUAAUCUGGGUAAAUCCUCUUUGGAAACUGUUUGUAACUUCUUUCCAGAAAUAAAUGUUCAUAAUUGA